CUUUUUUUAACAUGUAGGUUAACCUUACUCAGUUAGUCUUGUCCAACUGUCAUUAUACUCAUAAUCAAAAUUCAAAAACUUUUUAACAUGUCACAUUAAUCAAAAUUUCCAUUCGGAUCUAAAUUUCUAAAUUUAGGCAAACUUUUUUGACCCAUUCACAGAUUUGAUGCAGAUUUAAAUUCUCCGUCCAAAAAAUUAUUCAUCAAAAUGGCGGGAGGGUGUCCAAAUGAUCCAGCUAAGGUUAUGCAAAAUUUGAAAUGCGUGAUUGAAGCUCUGAAGAAGACUUUUAGUUGCCCACCCGCAUGUCCUGGUGAAUGUUGCAAAGGCCCUGCUCCCCCUUUUCCGCCUAAAGAACCGAUGCUUCUCGUUGAAGACACGUCGCUUAAACCCAUCAACAUUUUGUUAGAUCCAAAAAGUGCAGCUUAUCAAAGGCCCAAAAAUACGUCAAAGGAAAGCUUAUCAAUGUCAAACAAAAAACGAUCCAAAGACGGACGUUACGUCAAGGCGUAUCGGCCAAAGAUAUACAGAUUGGAAAGUUGCAAAGGAUCUCAAAGCGUUUGUUGCCUUCAACGAUUGUCUGAAACUGAACUGAGAGGAGGAAACUUUGUCAAAUGCGUUUGCAAAAAGCAUUACGGUUUGCAAGAUCUCUGCGAAAGGACCGGCUGCCAAGGUUCUCCCUACUGCGUGUCCAAUCCACCUUGUUGCGGACCCAGCUACUUCACCAAGACCUACAUUGGUAAACCCACCUCUAAGCCUCGGUACUACCAAAUUGUUAGACAGAAAAUCUCCGAUCUUAACCGAAGAAGGUACAUGAAACUAGUCCGGGUACCUAGCGAGAAUUGCUUUGAAGCCACCGUCGAAUCUACGGCUUUGGUCCAACCACAGUUUGAAGACACAGGCGAAUCUGCAGCGUUGAUAAAUCCACAAUUUGAAGAUACCGAAGAAUCUAAAGCCUUGGUCCAACCACAGUUUGAAGACACAGGCGAAUCUAAAGCAUUGAUCAAACCAAAGAUGUAUGCUUUAAUUAGUCUCUCUAGUGGAUCUGAUGGUGCAGACACGGCUCGAAGCAAUCCAGAGAGUAUUAAUACCCAAACUUCUAAGCCACAUCACCACCAUCAUCGUAAAUUCAUUUGUAAAUAUUGUAAUAAAGAAAAUGAAGUAUCAUCAUCAUCAACCAAAGAAAGCAGUUUAGACUCUAAUGGUUCAGUUUCUCAAAUUAACAUAGAAUCGAGAAGAUACACAUCCAAAGUAGAUAUAUCUAUGCAAUCAGACAUAGAAACACGCGUUAGAUUUUCUAAGAAACAAAAUACAACUAACGGAAUACCUUCUGAACCAAACAAGUCUGAUGCCAGGCAGUCCACACAAACAAUUGGAACACAGAUAGAACCACGAAAUUCUUCUGUAUCCAAACAGUCCACACAAACUAUCGAAAGACGGAUGGUACCACACAAUUCUGUUGUUUCCAAACGAUCAACACAAACUAUAGAAAGACAGAUAGAACCCCGUAAUUCUUCUGUUUCCAAACAGUCUACAAAUUCUAUCGAUAGACAGAUAAAACCACGCAAACAGUCCACACAAACUAUAGAAAGAUAUUCUGAACCACGUAAAUAUUCUGGCCCAAAACAGGCUACACAAACUAUUGAAGAACUAUUCGGAAAAAAGAUGUCUACGCAAACUAUCGAAGCAACAGCCCAACAAAAGAAGAUGUUGCAACUAAUUACCGUUGAUUCUGGUACCAGGAAAAGUAAAACUAAGUAUACUAAGCUUGAGAAAAAGCGAGCUGCUAUAUUGGGAUCAGAUCUAUCUACUUCAGAUUUAUCUAGUCCUGAAUAUAAGGAAUCGAGUCAUUCAGUUGCUUCUACGCCAAAACAUCCAUCACAAGUGAACACAUCUGCUCAAACUGAGUGCCCUUGCAUACAGCUAAGACAAUUUUGUAAAUGUAACAUGCCAGCGUUGACUGUAGAUCAAAAAGACAGUCGUUAUAUGCAUGAGGUGGCUAGUGAACGAGAAGAAAGUUCUCCUCACAGUUCCAGUGGUUCAUUAGAGCUUUCUUUGACUGAACAUUCUGGUAAUAAUCCAAGUAACACAAUUCAAGCCAUAGAAGACGUCAAAAAUAACAAAGAGAGAUCAACAAAAUCUUUUUACGCUCUAAAUGUCUCAGUCUCUAAAUCCAAACAUCUACUAGAUCUUGAACCCGCUAGCGACAAGGAAGACUCUUCUGUGCCAAAUAAUACGCCAAUCUUAGGUGGUGAAGAUUCAAGCGAAGCAUCUACAGACAGUCCAUUUAGUCAAUUUUACGAACCAAAUUUCGUAAAUUCAUUAGAAUUUCCUACGAUUACAGAGAAUCCUUAUAUCAAGAUGCCUUUCAGACCAAAUUUAACAACCAUAUUGGAUUCUGAAGACGUGAGUGGUAAUAAAGAAUGUCAAUGUUGUCACAAGGUACUAAAAGUUGAUGAUUCUUCUUCUGCAAGAGAUGAUAUCGAUGUUAUAAAGAAGAACAGUGCAUUUGUAGAGUCUGAUGUAUGCACGUCCGCUGCGGUUACAGAUUUAUCUAGUUCUGGUUUAUCUGUACAAUACGAAUUUGACAUUCCAUCUAAUGCGAAUAAAGCUACUAAAAGAAAGAAUUGUGCGGCUAAACUGAAGAAAAAAGUUCGGUUUAAUAGCUGUCCAGAUCUUUGUUGUGACGAUCAGUAAUUCUCAUUUUAAAAAUGUUUGCUGACUAAAAAUCAUUCAUGGUAUUUUGGAUAUUUUAAAAAAAUAUUCUUAAUUUUUUCGUUAUUUUUUAAUAAUUGAUGUGUAAUAAUAUAAUUGUCUGUAAAAUGUAUUGUCAAGUAUAAUUUGUAGGUAUAUGUGGUGUAAAAGUACUAAAUAAAGUGUUUAG